AUGGCGUUUUUGGCUCCUAGGUGCUACGCCGCUCUGGCGGAUGCAACGGGAGCCGUUGGACGAGUUCUCAACCUUUCGAAACGCCGCCAGUUUUCGCAGCUGGCAUCUGCCGACACCGUCCAGCCAGCCGAGAGGCCAAAGUCGCUCUACGAGGCCACGGCGGUGCCAAAUCCCGCUGUGCGCGGUGACAGACUGUCGUCGGACUACCAACCUGGAUACCAGUCGUGCCGCAUUUUCGACAACCCUAACAUCAUCGAGGUGGUGCGGGAAGAUGGACGAGAGACCGUUGGAGACCGGAUCUACCGUUAUAUGGACAUCGGCGGUACCCUGUCGAUGCUCAACAGCCGCAAAUUCCACAUCUUGCGCGCCCCCGCCGAGAGCCGCAAGAGCAUCAUGAUGUUGACCGAGCUGGAACGCAAGCAGGGGAUCUUUAUGAACACCGUGAUCAGUGGACUCAUGCUAUAUGUGUUGUACUACUUCGUGCAGCACAAGCGGCACGUGUACGACAAGCCGCCGAAUGUCGAGGUUGUGCCCAGGGAAUUCAACAACAACCGUUUGAAGGAUUUCACGUGGCACGGCAGCAAUUUCCUGCAGUAUCCAAAGGGUCGCUGCAAGGAGUGCCGGUGGCUGGAACUCGAGUGCAAGAAGCGCUGCUACGACAAGCUGAUCCAAGAGGGACACAAGUUCAUCCUCCACGAGCCGAUGCAGAUUCCACGCAGCAGGCUCUACCCCUCGCCGUAUCCGCCUAGCCAGGCGUAA